UUAUCAUGAACUUAGACUGGUAUCAUGAGCUAUACCAGUAUUUAGAUACAGACACUAUUCCAGAAGACUUUACCAAAAACCAGAAGAAACAGUUAAUUAACCAAGCUCGAUAUUUCAGAUUAGACACUACUUACUUUACAAAAAGAAUAGAAUGGAUCCAGACAAACCUUUACGA